AUGGAAUUCCAAAGUUUCUACAUCAAGUUGUUUGUACUGGCUUGUUUGGUGGCCGAGUCCAUACAAGUGCCAAGUAUACGUAUCGUUGGCGGCACUCAAGCCGCAGUGGGACAAUUUCCUUAUCAGGUUUCCAUACGUGUGAACGGUAAACAUAUUUGCGGUGGAGCUUUGGUUGCCCAAGAUUUCGUUGUAACGGCAGCACACUGUGUAAUCAGUAUUCCGUCAUCAUUCCUUUCUGUACAAGCCGGUACGAUAGAUAUCAGCGAUACUGGUAUCGUUUCUGAAAUAUCGAAAAUAACUCCACAUCCCGACUACUAUUACGAUAAUGACAUUGCUGUGCUGGAGUUAAGUACUCCUCUCAAUUAUUCCGAUGUCAUACGGCCAAUACCUUUGGCUAAUCUAGAAGCACCAGCUGGCGAAGAGGUUACCAUUUCUGGUUGGGGUCGCACAAUUAAUGGUGGUACACCUUCAAAAAUAUUACGCUAUAGUCGCAGUUUGACAAUUUUGAGUGAUAAACAAUGUGCUCGCAUAGCUGGUCCCCUUAAUCCGGGUAUACAAUGUCUUUCCAAGGAGAAAAAUAAUGGCUUCUGUGAUGGUGAUGACGGUGGUCCAGCCGUACACAAAGGCGUUUUGAUUGGCAUUGCAAGUUAUUAUUCCGACGGUUGUGGCUCUGCUUCACCAGACGGCUACACCAAGAUAUCCUAUUACCGUGAGUGGUUAAAUGAAAAUACUGUACCUACAGUGCCAGUUUGUAUUCCGGAACAAUUCCUUACUGUACAAGCCGGUACGGUAAAUCUCACCGACACCGGUACUAUUGUUGGAGUAUCGAAAAUAAUUCCGCAUCCCGACUACAAUUACGACAAUGACAUUGCUGUGCUGGCGUUAAGUAGUAAACUUGACUACUCCGAUGUCAUACUACCAAUAUCACUGGCUGUUAAUGAUGCACCGGCUGGCGAAGAGGUUACCAUUUCUGGUUGGGGUCGCGUACGUGAUGGCGGUGCACUCCCCGAAAUAUUGCAGUAUAGUCGCAGUUUGACUAUUUUAAGUGAUGAACAGUGUGCUCGUGUAGCCGGUCCCAUCAAUAAAGGCAUACAGUGUCUUUCCAAGGUUAGAAAUAAUGGCUUCUGUGAUGGUGAUGAUGGUGGUCCUGCCGUACACAAAGGUGUAUUGAUUGGCAUCGCAAGUUAUUAUUCCGAUGGCUGUGGCUCGGCUUCACCAGACGGCUAUACCAAGGUUUCCUAUUAUCGUAAGUGUUUCUUCAAUAUGGACUAUCGUAGUGUCUUUGCAAAGUUCUUUAUAGCCUUUUGUUUGGUGGCAAAGGCCACGCAAAAUGACGAUGGCUCCGCGGAACUCAAACCGAGUCUUCGCAUAUUAAACGGUCAAGUUGCUGCUGCAGGACAAUUCCCAUAUCAGGUAUCCGUGCGUCUUAAUAAGCAGCAUAUUUGUGGUGGCGCACUGGUGUCUCCAAACUUUGUGCUGACCGCAGCACACUGUGUCUACAACAUUAAUCAGACCUCCUUAGGGGUACAAGCUGGCACCUUGAGCCGCACUGUUGGCGGGAUGUUCCGUGCAGUUUGUCAUGUUAUUGUACAUCCUCAGUAUGAUUUCGAUAAUGAUAUAGCUUUGCUGCAGCUGGAAACACCAUUCAACUUGUCCUAUUAUAUACAACCAAUAAAAGUUGCCGAUUGGGAGGCACCGCCAGGAGAAUCGGUUAUCAUUUCCGGUUGGGGUCGCAUAUCUGAAGGUAGUCUGCUAUCUGAUAAAUUAUUGUAUAGCAGAGCACUGACAACUGAGAGGUAUGAAAACUGCGCUGGAGCUGACGGUUUAACACAGCCCGGCAUACUAUGCCUCAGUACUCCUCAGGGUAAUGGUUUUUGUGAUGGCGAUGAUGGUGGUCCUGUUGUUUAUAGAAACGUUCUAAUUGGUAUUGCCAGUUAUAAUGCAAAUGCUUGUGGCACUAUUUCGUAUGGUGGUUUUACUAAAGCGUCUUACUAUAAGCUUUGGAUACAAUCCGUUGUUUAUGGCUAA